CAAAACAACCAGUAACCUACAUACUAGUUAUGCACCAUAGCCUAUACGCCACAUAAAGAGAAAAGGGCCGACAGACCAUCCAUCAUCUGCUGAAGAGGAGGAGGAAACAGAAGAAAGACAAUUAAAUUAAGGAAGAGUAGAAAGAGACGAAAAUAUAGAGUACAGACAGAGAAGAGGAAGACCAAAUCUACUAUCGGACAAUAAAAGAUGGCUUAUUUGUUGGGGAAUGGGCUGCUUGCCCACAUUUACCCGCUCUUCUUGCUUUUGGUCGCCGGGUCUCAUAUGCACCCUGUCCGCGGAGGUUUGAGGGCAGAGGGACUGGUUGAAGGCACCACAGAAGUGAUCAGUCACUCACAGGGGCUGGUGGCACGGCUCGAGGGUCUUCUAGUGCUGGGGAAUAACAGUGACAUUUCCCUACGUGUGGAAACAGUGGAUGCGGAUGAGGUCAAGGUCAUUCAAGCCCACACGCUAGUGCUUUCACUGCAGAGCCGAGUGUUUGAGGAGAUGCUUAGAAACCGCAAUAGUAGCACGCUAGUGCUGCGAGAAACAGCAGAAUGCACUGCCGUGUUUGAGAAAUUCAUCAGAUAUCUGUAUUGCGGUGAACUCACACUGCAGUUAGACCAGGCCACACCGCUGCACAGACUAGCUACCAAGUACGGCAUCUCCAGCCUCCAGCAAGGACUAACCCAGUACAUGAGCCAAAACCUGGCCAGCGACUCUCUGGGCGGUCACGUGGUGGGCUGGUACCAGUACGCCGUUUCGGUUGACGACGCGGCGCUGAGAGACAACUGCCUUCAGUUUUUAUCGUGGAAUCUGUCAUCGGUGCUCCAGAGCGCAGAGUGGCCUUCAGUUAGCGUCGAAUUGCUAAUGACCCUCCUGCAGCGCUCCGAUUUAGUAUUGAAGAGCGAGCUGGAAUUGUUCGAGGCGCUCGAAAUCUGGCUCGCCCGGAACGACCCGGACACCCUGACCGCGGAGAACGCCCUUCGACUGGUGCGCUACGCCAUGAUCCCCCCACGCGAGCUUUUCCGCCUCCAGCGUCAGUCGGCGAUCAUGACGCGCUACCACGAGUCGGUGCGUGAUCUUCUCUACAUGUCGUACCAGUUCCAUUCAGCUUCCCCGCUUCAGCUAGCUAAGUUCUUCGACGUGAACUGCAGCCUCUUCGUGCCCCGCAACUACCUCUCAUCCAUGUGGGGCUCUCAGUGGGUCAUAAGCAACCCGGCACGGGACGACCGCAGCACUAGUUUCCAGACCCAGUUGGGUCCGAGCGGUUUUGACUCCAGCAAGCGGGUGACUUGGAACGCCCUGUUCUCGCCCCGCUGGCUUCCUCUCAGCUUGAGGCCCAUGUACACCGAACAAGGUGCCAUGCAGCCGCCGAGGCCCGAUGGAGGAAACGGCAUUGCCCGGCCUCGUAUCAUCAUCACACCUGCUACUUCCAGUGCAGAGUUCGCAGGUGUCAGCUUCCAAAAGACCGUGCUCGUCUUGACAAAGCAGAAGAACAAGCUUGUGGUGCGGCAUAUCUUCGGUUUCCACCAAAGCACAGAGGAGGUGGGAGAUUUCCUGCUUGGCGAGGACCUGCAGUAUCGCACGUCCGAGUACCUGGUGGACGGAUCGCUGUACUUACACAUCAUUGUAAAGCCUAUCUACCAGACUCUUAUAGCAACCAAGAAAUAAUGUAUCUGGCACACUGAAGUAGAACACAUUUGUGACCCUGGACUUCAAAACCAGUGUCAAUUUUUCGAAACUGAGAUGCUAAUAUUUUUAUAUAACAUUUAAUGGUGAUACAUCACCUGAAAGCUUUUGAAUAAAUAGGCUUUCCAUUGAUGCAUGGUUUCAUAGGAUAGGACAUUAUUUUGCUGAUAUAUAACCAUUUGAAAAUCUGGAAUCCGAUGGUGCAAAAAAACCCCGAAAUACUGGGAAAAUCUCCUUUAAAUUUGUCAAAAUGAAUUUCUUGGCAAUGCGUAUUACUAAUCAAAAAUUAAGUAUAAAUAAAUAUUAAUGGUAGGAAAUGUGCAUGUACAAAUCUUCAUGGAACAUGAUUUUAAUACCUUGUUGAUUUUUGCCAUAAAAAGAAACACUUAUCUUUUUGACCCAUACAGUGUAUUUUUGGCUAUUGCUACAGUAGCUAAGGUUUGGUGAUCCAGGGUCACUUUUUAGAUUUAAAGAUUCUAGAUCUUUUUAGAUUUAAAGAUGUUGAUGCGUGGAAGAAAAUGAACAGGUCUAAUGUGAUUAAUAAAGUGCAUCUCCAUUAUCCUUACUCUGGAAAAAAGUGUUGAAAAAUAAAAUGAGAUAAUUCACAUAUACACAAUUUAAGGGAUAGUUUACACAGAAAUUAAAAUUCUGUCAUCAGUUACCUAACCUUGUGUCAUUCCAAACCUCUACAACUCUUUUUUUUUCUCUGUGGAAGACAAAAGGAGAUGUUUGGAGGAAUGAUAACGCUGCUCUCUUGGAUGGAGAACAGGACCUGUCAAGUUCUGAAAAGUGCAAAAACAACACCAAUACAUCUUAUGAGUAUCUGUAGGAGACACGCACUACAUCUCAAGUUUUCAAAAUAAUUUUUUUGUGUGAACAGACUGAAAUUUAAGCUAAAUAUUUUAAAUAUGUGGUCUCCAUUAACUGGCAUUAAAUAGAGAAGACAAAUAUCUCCUUGUGAGUUCCAUGAAGGAAAGGAAAUAAAAGUUUUGUAAGUUAUGGCAAAAUUUUAAUAUUCAAGCAAUUGUUACUUUAAUGUAGGCCUGUGAUUCUAUGUCCCCGAUAUAAUAACUCAUAUCAUAGGUAUUUUUUCUACUUGAUUAGGCAGAAGCCCUUUUCUUUUUAGGAAAACCAACUUAUGUAAAAUCGCCACAACAUCCUUUGCUCGCAAUGAACAAAGAAAGAGAAAGUACACAGAAUUAUUGAAUUUUGUAUAUUAUUGCUGAAAAUAUAUUAAAAAAAAGGAAACACAGGUUGCCACAACAAAAACAUUAUUCUUGUUCUUAACAUUUUAAGUUUUGUUAUACUGCGUUUUAAGGUGCUAUUGUAAAUUUAAUGAGAAAUAUCAUGUCUUUCAAACCUGUAAUGUCUUGAAACAUCACACAGUUGUGCUGGUUAUUUAAUUAUUUAAACCAAUAAUAAGUGAUGUUAUAUAUAUAUAUAUAUAUAUAUAUAUAUAUAAUAAUUCUUAGAUAGGCCUAGUUAUUUUUAUGUAUUUUCCUGUUUGUGCCCAUAACAUUUUCUUAAUCUGUUUUCUUGCAUGUUGAGAUCGUGUACAGUAUGCACCCUGUUCAGGCCACAAAAUAAAAUACAUAAGACUUACUAAAAGUCUGUGUCUAUUAUUGAUUAUGUGGUUAAAACUAUGACUUCAGACACACAUGGUCA